AUGGGAGUUGUAGAACCCGAACUGAGUAUUUGGAAGUAUAUUGUUAGUGUAAUAUGCGGUAUUAAGCGUUUUAAAAUAAGUCUUUCCAAAGUUUUUGAGAGAAAUGGCAAGAGACUUAUUGGUCUGAAUGAGGUUGGAAUAUCAAGUGGUUCGUCAGGCUUAGGAAAAAGAACUAGUCUGAGAAUAGCGUUAAAUAUAUAUGUUAUUAGCACUAUGGCUUUUUUUGGAAGGCGUCUGGCUACAUYGUCCGAUUCACUAUGUUAUUACAAUAGCACUUUGGCUCAACUCACAGAAAAGCGUAUGGCUGUUGAAAAAGAGUUCAAGAAACAGUCUAACCAAUGUAAGCAGCCAAAUGCCGACGAGAAGGUUGUGGCUACGGCAAACGACGAAAGCAGUAAUCGCCACUGGAAACCGCAUCCCUUGUCAAUCAGAGACACAAUCGUUGUGGCCAGCCGGACCGACGACGACUUCCUAACAACAAUCGAACAAUUCGAAAAGGCGAUAGAGGAACAUCAAAAAUAA